AGCCCUUCCCCUUCCCCUUCCUCCUCCUUCUCCUCCUCCUCCUCUAAAUUUACUACUCCCCUUCCCUACUCUCUUCCUUCAAAACCCCAUACCUUCUUUCUUUCCUCCAAGAUCUCGAUAAAUCUCUUCGAUCUGCUCUUUGUUCCUCCCGAAUUUGGAGUGAUUUUACACCGUUUCCCAAUCGCAAUCGUAUUCAUUCAUGAUGGCAUCUACUCUUUCGAUGCUGAUGAUGAAACCGGCUGCACGCGUUGCGGACCGCGGCAUCGCGGAGCUGAUUCCUUCAGUCCAAAAAAGAUGCAGAUAUAGUGGAAAAGUUCCCAUGAGUUUGCAUACUUCUCGUAGUUCUCAUGAGUUAAUAGUCUGUGCGAUGUCGCAGAGUUCUGUCGAACAGCUAGCUCCUGAUUUGGGAGUGAGUGAUUCCACUCAAGAGUUGCAGAAGCCGUUUUCUUAUAUGUUUAGGACUGAAAUCGGCGGGCUCGUGAAGGUAUUGGUGGGGACGAAGAGUAUGAGGUAUGCUGUUCGUGUUGAAGUUUCGUCCUUGCCUCGGGCUGUUGGUGAGGAUGGGUUGGUUAUGAAUUGGGGUAUAUUCAGGUCGGAUUCUUCUCAAUUGUUAGUUCAGGAUUCGCAGGUGGCGUUUGUCCGGAACUCGUUAGGAGGAUAUAUGGUGGAGUUGGAGUUUGAUUCUGCUCGGAUCCCAUUCUAUCUAUCGUUUUUAGUGUCCUCGCCGGCGUCCGUCUCCGACAUAAGAACUCAUAGGAAGACAAAAUUUUGUGUUCCUGUUGGUUUGGGUCCUGGAUGGCCUAUGCCCUUGGGUGUUUCUAUUUCUGAUGAUGGAGCCGUCAAUUUUUCUCUAUUCUCGAGGAAUGCGGAGGGUGUUGUUCUGUGUCUGUUUGAUGGGAAAACAAGGGAACCAUCAUUAGAAAUGGAUUUGGAUCCAUAUGUUAAUCGCACGGGCGAUAUAUGGCAUGUUUCUAUGGAGAGUAUGGGGAACUUUGUCAGCUAUGGAUAUCGCUGCAAGGGAUCGGGGCUUUGGGAUAAGGAGGACAGAUUUCAUGCGCAUCAUGUCUUGUUGGAUCCAUAUGCCAAGGUGCUUGGAGAUUUCGUUCCGGAUCGAGGUGAAUCGGUGUCCUUAGCGAAGUGUCUUGGCUCUCUAGGCUUUGAGCAUAGCUUUGAUUGGAGUGGUGAUGUCCAUCCACGGCUGCCGAUGGAGAAACUUGUUGUUUAUCGACUGAACGUGGGGCAGUUUACAAAGAACAAGACCAGCGGCCUGCCUGAAAACGUUUCUGGGACUUUUGCUGGUCUGAUUGAGAAAGUAGAACAUUUCAGAACUCUUGGUGUUAACGCAGUUUUGUUAGAGCCAAUAUUUUCCUUUGAUGAGCAUAAAGGCCCCUACUUUCCAUAUCAUUUCUUUUCACCGAUGCACUCAUAUGGGCAUGCAUCUGAUGGUGUUUCAGCUAUUAAUUCAAUGAAAGAGAUGGUUAAGAUGCUGCAUGCCCAUGGCAUAGAGGUUCUUUUGGAGGUUGCUUUCACUCAGACGGGUGUGGAGGGGGAUGCAGCCUGUCAGACAAUAUCAUUUCGGGGAAUUGAUAAUUCAUCUUAUUAUAUUGUUGACGGGGACUUGGGGUCUGGGGCCUAUAAUGUAUUGAAAUGUAGUAAUCCUGUUGUUCAGCAACUGAUUUUGGACAGCCUCCGGCAUUGGGUAGUAGAAUUUCACGUUGAUGGCUUUUGCUUUAUUAAUUCUUCGUUUCUGGCUCGAGGCCUAAAUGGUGAUUAUUUAUCUCGUCCCCCUUUAGUUGAAGCUAUAGCAUUUGAUCCAAUACUAUCCAAGACAAAGAUCAUUGCGGACUGCUGGUCCCCACUUGACAAUUCGUACAUGGAAAUCCAAUUUCCUCAUUGGAAAAGGUGGGCAGAAAUGAACACAAGGUUUUGCAGUGAUGUAAGGAACUUUUUGAGGGGUGAAGGACUACUCAGAGACCUUGCUACCCGACUUUGUGGCAGUGGGGAUCUCUUCUCUUCCAGGGGUCCAGCAUUCUCUUUCAACUAUAUUACAAAGAACUUUGGACUAACUCUUGUUGAUUUGGUCAGCUUCAGUAAUGGUGACCUGGCUUCAGAAUUAAGUUGGAAUUGUGGUGAAGAAGGUUCCACAAACAAUAAUACUGUGCUUGAUAUCCGGCUUAAACAGAUACGCAAUUUUUUGUUUGUCCUGUUUGUUUCACUUGGCGUUCCUGUUCUUAAUAUGGGAGAUGAGUGUGGCUACUCAACAGGUGGUUCACCAUCUUACAUUGGCAGGCAGCCUAUUGGCUGGAAUGGCCUACAAACAGUCUUUGGCAGGCAAAUUACCCAAUUCAUUGCAUUUAUGAGUUCACUUAGAAUGCGUAGAGGAGAUAUUUUUCAGAGAAGGAACUUUCUGGAAUUAGAAAAUAUUGACUGGCAUGGAAGCAGUCAAUCGCGGCCAAAUUGGGGAAAGCCAUCAUGCAAGUUCCUUGCCAUGACAUUGAGGGCAGAGAUGGAUGACAAGCUGUCAAAUUCAGAUGAUGGUGACUUGUUCAUUUCUUUCAAUGCUAGUGCCCAUCCGGAGAGCACUGUCUUGCCUGAACAGUCAGAAGGAGUUGUUUGGCUUCGGUUGGUUGAUACUUCCCUUCCAUUUCCGGGAUUCUUUUCAAGUGAUUCUGAUCCCAGUGUUCAUCAGGCUGCAGGAUUAUCAUCCUAUGAACUGAAACCGCACAGCUGUGUCUUAUUUGAAGCAAAAAGGAGCACCCACUGAACUGGAGCACUAGUGCAGCUGCUCUUAUGUCUGAUUUUCUACUAAGUGGCAGAAUUUUGUUGAUAUUUCUAUUCUCCUUGUCUCAUCAAAUAAGCAUCCUUGUAUCCUAAUUUAGGAAUUUGAUUAUAAUAAUAUUUUGCAUAUCUUGUAAUAUGACCAGAAAGUUUGUGUUCAUUAUUUUUCUGA